AUGCUGGGCGCCGCCGGACCGAGCGCCCCGGCCCCGCCGCCGCCGCCGCUGUCCCCCCACGCGCUCCGCGGCCUGUACGCCUGGCUGGACCGGCUCCCGCUCAGCCGGCCCAAGCGCCACCUGGCCCGCGACUUCAGCGACGGCGUGAUGCUGGCGGAGAUCGUGAAGCAUUACCACCCGCGGCUCGUGGACCUGCACAACUACGUGCCCACCUGCAACACGGACCAGAAGCUCAGCAACUGGAGCACCCUCAACAGGAAAGUCUUCCACAAGCUGCGUUUCUGUGUCUCAGAGGGCGAUAUCCGAAAGGUGGUGGCCAACACGCCGGGGGCCAUCGAGCCCAUCCUGUGCUCGCUGAGGGACAAGGUGGCGGCCGGCGCUGUCCGCGAGGACCCGCCCGGCGCGGGCGCGCCUGCCGGUGCAUCUGACCCGGGAGUCUCCGGUGCGGAUACGGAUGGACUGUGGGCGGGCCUCGCCGCCACCCCCCACGCCGGCCUGCCGAGCUCCCCAGUGGCUUCCGGCGUGAGGACCCUUCUGAGUCAGAGGGCUUGGGAGAAGACGGGACACUGUGCGUGCAGAGGGCGGGACCCAGCCGGUGGGCCCUGGGAGCACCCGGACACCGGGGUGCAGCAGCUGCUGGAGGAAAAGGAGCAGGCGCUGGCCAUUCUGCAGGAGACCGUCAAGGUUCUGCAGAUGAAGGUGAUGAGGCUGGAGCACCUGGUGCAGCUGAAGGACCAGCGGAUCGGUGAGCUGACCCGACGCAGGACUGAGCCCCAGUGA